AAUUCGCUUUUUAUGACUUAUGAGAAGUAUAAGCUUAUUAUUUCUUAGUCCCAUCAGUUUGAAUGCCAAAAAUUUCCUCGAGUAAAAUUGUUUCUGCUGUUAGGACUUUGGUGGGUUUGUUUAAGGACCCAAUCCUUAAAGAAACGUUAAACCCUCUUUUGAGAUGUUAAAAGACGACUUUGAAUGAUUCAGUUUGAUGCUUAUUAUAAUGUUCCACCUUUCUUUUGGUUACCCCUCUCUCUCUUUGGACAAUGAAGCUCGGUUCAACUUCAAGCCAUGGUUGGAGGUGAAAGCAAGCCAUCUUCAUGUAGCGCGCUUGCAUACCUUAAAACCGUGAAGUAUACAUUUCGGUAUCAAUGUGAAAAAUAUGACGAAUUUCUCGAGAUCCUGACGGAUUAUAGUUGCCGGAGAGUGGAUUUUUUAGGUGUCAUAAGAAGGUUAAAAGAACUCUUCAAAGGACACCAAGAGUUACUAGUGGGUUUCAAUACCUUCAUGCCAAAGGGUUUAAAGAUGACACUCGAACCUGAGGAUGGACAACAUCCACCAAAGCCAUCCGUUAAUUUUAUGGACGCAAUUAAAUUUGUUAGCAAGGUUAAGAGGAGGUUUCAAGAAGAUGAUCGUCCAUACAGAUCACUUAUAGACAUUGUAAAAAGCUACAGAAAGGAGGAAAAGUCCUCGACCGAGGUCUACUAUGAGGUUUCUAUCUUAUUUCGGGAUCAUAAGGAUUUGCUUGCGGAGUUUACUCAUUUUAUGCCUGAUGCUAAAUCAGAUAGUGACUCGUCUGAUUCUGUUACAAGCCCAAAUUCGUGGUGA